GACACUGCAUGAAAACAUCCGACGACUUCAAUCCGAUAUUGCUCCGUUUCACUGACAGAGGGCUAGAAGCCGAGUACCAUAGCCAGCCAAACCCCCAGUUUUUCUGGUACACUCUGUGUGCUAGUGUACUGUUUGUUUCAAUCGCUUUCAUCCACUUGCUUACGUUACCUAUAAAUCUUACAACGGUGACCGUACUGACCUCAACGUUCGUAGUUGUAGCAGCUUUAGCUGUGGUAUCUUGUGUUCAACAUCAUCAGCAUUCAAGUCAGUCAACCACUAGGUCUCUUCCCUGCUCAACAGAUGUCGCUAAAAAUCAAAUAUUAAGAAUAUUCAUCUUUCUUUUUUCCGUUCUCAUUAUAAUGGCAGCUUGUGUAGUGAGUAUGGUCGCUUUUAACCCUGAUUCUCCUGAAAGACUGGAUAUCUACUUGAACAUCACGAACACCACCAGUCGGAACGAACAUGGCUGUUACUUCGUUCAAUACCUCCAAUUUACAGCUGUUCUAGCCCUGACUACCGUAUCCGUAUUCCUACGGAUAAACUACCUGCUCAAGCUAGUUGUCAUGGUUACAGAAGUAGUGGCGUUUACCGUGAUCUUCGUAAUUGUCCGGCCUGACUUAUUCGCUGAGGCUCUGGAGUUGGCUGAAGGAUUCACCGAAACGCCCUUGCACGUUCACACUACAUCGUUUCUCGUGGUAUUUUUGAUCAUUCUCCAUGUUCUAGACCGACAG